GGCGCGUGAUGGCGGCGGGCGGAGCGCAGCCGCGCUGACGGCGCCAAGAUGGCGGCGCUGGGGGACGGGGACUUCGCGGCGCUGCAGAUCCUGCUGAAGGCGCCGUCGAAGGACGCUGUGCGGCAGCUGUGCCAGGAGUGCUUCUCCAGCCCGCCCGCCGCGCCCGGCCCGCUGGCGCAGCGCGCCUGCCCCGGGCUCGCCGUCAGCGCCGAGGAAGCGGAGCAGCUGGUGUCUGCUUUGCACAACCUCACCAGGCACGUGGUGUACCGCGGCUUGACCGGGGCAGAAGACAUCCUCUGUCUCUUCCCAGAAAACUUCCACCAAAAUCUGAAAAACCUCUUGACUAAGAUAAUCUUGGAGAAUAUCUCUGCUUGGAGGAAUGAAGCACAAGCCAGUCAGAUCUCCCUGCCUCGGCUGGUGGACAUGGACUGGAGGGUGGACAUCAAGACAUCUUCAGACAGUAUCGUAAGAAUGGCGGUCCCUACCUGCCUGCUGCAGUUAAAGAUUCAGGAAGAUGCUGCCUUAUGUGGAAAUAAUCCUGUUGUUUCUGCACUGACUGUGGAACUGAGCAAAGAAACCCUGGACACUAUGUUAGAAGGUCUGGGAAGGAUUCGGGACCAACUUUCUGCCGUUGCAAACAAAUGAAUGCUCAAGGGCAUGGAUUCCAGCAGCAAGGAAGGGAAGUAUUCUCUACGUACAGUUGUCAGAAGUUGCAGCCUAGUGUAACAUGUUGUCUAUUUCAGCAAAACAAAAUUAAAGAGGUUUCUUUCUUGAAUUAAUGAGAUAGCUUUUGAAAAGCUAACACUAAAAUACUCAUUUGGUCAGAUGCCAAAAAAUGGUUUCCUAUUAUGUUGUUGAACAAAAACUGUUCACUGUUUCAGAAGAGGAUUUCAGGGCUCAGAGCCUGGCUUAAUCACAAGGGUCAUAACUGGAAACAGCAAAUAGCUGCAGCCAAUGAAGCAAGUUCAGUCUCUGUCCUGAAAUGAGAAUCUGAAAGGCUCAAGCUGGGUAAUGGGCUGCCUUCCAACAAAAGGAGGGUGCUUCUCUCUGGGAUGUGCAUGUACUGAGAUGCCUGCUGGAUGUAGCACUCUCUCCCUCUCAAUGAAGCAUAGCUAUGCUGCAGAUUGUUAUUACAGGAUGAUGUGCUGAAACAGGGCAGUUAUGUUACAACACAUUCCCUUCUGAUCAGCUUCAUAGCACCAUUUGCAAAAUGACUGUUCGGAACAUCUUUAGCAGAACUAAUUGUCUCCUUCUGUUUGAAAAGAAAAAAAGAAGUUCAGGUAAUUCACAUUUGGGGUUUAUUGGACUCCGGGCUUUGUCUUUGCUGCACAAAAACCAAACUGGGAGAAUAAAGAAUUGAAGGGUGUUGUCUGUGCUGUAGGAAACCCCGCUGUGGCAAUAUGUGCCUAUACUUCUUCAGAGUGUUCUGUUGUUUGAGUAAAUCUUCAUUUAAUUAAAGAAUGAACUCCUAAUUGAUUUUGUGAAUCCUUUUCAGUCUCAAAAUGAGAUGUUGUCCUCAGUUACCUCAGCCUCUUUGUGAUGGUGCCAAGUUUCUAGGCUGGUUUAAUGGAUGUUCAUGUUUAUUGCUGAAGAAGGAUCUUGUGUUUCCUAUUCAAAUUGAUUAAUGUUUUAAACUUCCUUCUCUUCAUUGUAAUACAGUUUCAGGGUACCUUUUUCCAUGGGCAUCAUGUCUGUAUAAUAUUAGAGGUAAUUACCCUGACCUAGAAGUUUAUAAAUGUAUGUGCAUUGUGAGUGUGGAGGAAUUAAAUGCAGAAUAUCAACAAAAUUCAGAUUCUUCUUUCUGAUAAGCUUCUGUAGAAGUCUGUAUCCAAAUGUGUUUAUGGCAAAAUCCAAUCUUUCCUACAAUACUGGGCUCUCCUUCAAGACACAAAACAUUGUUUGUUGUGUUUGGAAACACGAAAUCAUUUAAGAAGAGUGCAUAAACCACAAGAACUUUAUUAAUUAAUUCUACAUAUCUCCCCAAAGUGCAGGCUAGAGUAUAAGUGAAGGCUGUGCCUUUAAAAGAUAAUGGUGAAAUGCAGCUCAUGCAUCAAGAUGAACUGUGUCAAGUCCCUUGUUAAUGUCUUGAGCAAAGAUUAUAAUGCUUAGUAUGGUAUCAAGGCAAACUGGUACAUUUCAUGUAUAAUAGGGACAUCUCAAUGGAGGAGAUGGAUAUUUACGAAUAUGUUCUAUAAGAUUCAAGCUGUGAAAAACAUCUCUAACAGAGUACUUCAGUUUGAGGAAACUUUGUUGCCUUUGCAGCCUAGCCUUAAAAAAAACUAAAAACGAAUAGUUUAUAUAGUAGUGUUUUAGAAGGUAAGAAUCACUGAGGAGGUAAAUAAUUCAGGAUGAAGUACUGCAGUGUUAGAGGAGUUGAGGAAGUCAAAACACAGAGGAAAUCCUUGAGGUCAAUACUGAAGUUACAGUCAAAAUCUAGGGUCCAAUGCAAUGAAGAACUGAUAGUUAUUCUCAUGUAAAACAAUUACACAGCUAUAGAAUAGUUGUAAAGGAAGAUAUUUUUUUUUUACUGAAAAGGCUUUUCUGGUGGUGGAGUGGAGCUUUCUGCAGAUAGCUAAAAGUUGCUUGUGGAGUCUUAACAAAAAGGAGCGUGCUCACUGGACCAGAGACGUGCCAAACAUCUGGUGACUUCAAGGGGUAGAUGUCAAGUAAUUCUGCAAGAAGACACUGGUAUUUUCUAGACAAAUAUUUAGGAUGCUGUGAGAGCUUGCCUUCAAAUCUUUGCCUAAAUUGUUAGGUAUUUUAUUGUGGACUCUUACCUCCUUAGCCAGAAGAGCUGAGACUGCUCAGAAAAAGGUAUAUAAAACAAGGGAGAUUGAGUAGAACUAUCAUUACCCAGACAGCAGGAGAACUUCACAUUAAAGUCCUUUUUAUGGAGACUGCUACACAGGAAGAGAAUAAACUGCCUGCUACUGCAGGCAAUCAUAUGUGAUCUUCAUAAAAUUACUGCUCUCUUAAAAUGAGUUAGAUUUUCAUCCUCCCUCCACAUAUUGCUGCUAUUUGGUAGGCCUAGCCUAAAAGAUGAUGUAUUCAUCUACUCUAUUACCAGUUCGUUACUGUGCCAACACUGUCCUCUUUUGCUUACUUCUUUCUUGCCUUUCCAUUUUUCUGUCCUAUUUAAGCAGUAAAGUCCCUCUCCACUUUUGAUGACUAAGCCUUGUAAGCUCUGUAUUCUGUGCCUUUCAGAAUUGCAGUGGCCAUUCUUCACUUAACAGUUUGCAUCUCUCUUGAAUGGGGUCAUCACCACAAGUGUUUCUGGAGAAUUGUCCAAGGACAUUACUAAAGAAUGAACUGUCAUAGUAUGUGAAUCACCUGAAUGAACUCCUGCCAGGAAACCGAAAGCCUUCAUUGUGAAGUGGAGCUUAAAAGCUCCAUCCUCAUUCCAGUCUUUGAGAAAUAGAAAAUUCAUUUUCUACAUGUGUACUUGGUAAUGGUGAUAAUUCAGUUACAGUAAGCAAAACAGUGAUAAAUUUAUUUGUAAAACACGGUAUGCAAGUUAAAUUCAAUUUGUAAUUUCACAAUCAGACAUUGUGUUGAAUCUGUGUCAAAGUGUUGAAAAAGCAUUACAAAUAUUAAAGCCUACUUUGUAUUAUUCAAAACAA